AUGGGCAGUAAACUAAGUCGAUCAUCAUCAAGUCGAUCUGAAGGAACGAAAGUUAAAUGGAGAAAAGGUAAACGAAAACGAUCAGAAAAAAUAGAAACAUCAGCUAGUGAUGAUAAAUUUCUUACUCAACGUGAUCAUGGACAAGAAAAUACGAAUGGAAAUCUAGAUAAUUCGUAUGAAAAAUGGAAUAAAGUGAUUGAUCAACAAGAAUUAACAAAUUAUAAUGUAGAUCCACCCGGAGCACCAAGCACAUAUUCAGCAAAUUAUCAAAUGAAUCAAAAUGAUUCACGAGACCGAACAUGGUCAUCACCGCUUGAUAUGACUAAUCAGUAUUAUCAAGGUAACUCACAUUCAAUGAUGACAACAUCUAAUAUUCCAUAUGAUAUGAACCAAUAUGUUCCUCCUGAAUUUCAAACAUCAUAUAAUAAUAAUCAAUCUCAACAAGUAUCUCUUGACGAACGACCAUCAAAAAAAGUACAAUUUGCUCGUCAAACUCAACAACAACAACAACAGCAACAACAAGCUGCAACUAGAACUCCUUUAACUAAUACUCGAUCAUGGCAUGAACUUAGUGCUUCAAGUAAUGAUAAUUCUUUUGCAACAGGUAGACAAGAACCAGCAUUAGGUCGACAAUCUACACAUCGAUCAGCUAUGCCAGUAUCUAAUGCAUCAUUUGUACAAAAACCUAUUUAUAUUGGUAUUGAUCAUCAAGCAACAUUAGCAGAACGUGGUCAAACAACAGUACAUAAACGUCAACAUAAAUCUAGUGAUAAGAGUAGCUUAGAUUCAUCCGUUCCAACGACGAAUCGUCAUCGAACACGUACUCAUACACAUCAUCAACAUAAACACCAAGAUAUGAAUGAUUCAUCACCAACAAAAUUCCAGGUACAUUCAAAUAAAUCUGUUGAUCGUUUAGAAGGAAAAGGAUCAGGUGUACAUCGAUCAUUAACAACAACGUCAACAUCAACAAUUAUAGCAAAUAGACAAGCACAACAAGUAGAACAACCAAUAUUUAAUGAUACCGAAAUGAGAAUACCUAAAAGUAGAAAUAAUCGUCAAGUACAAUCACAACAUUUAGAACAACAAUCACUUGUUGAUAAUGAAAUAAGACCAUCAAAAAGUCGAGGAACUCAUUCUCAAGGAAAACAACAACAAUCACAGCAGCAGCAGCAGCAGCAGCAGCAGCAGCAGCAGCAGCAGCAGCAACAACAACAACAACAACGUGUAACAGUUAGCCGCACUAAUUCACCUUUACGAACAGACGCGACAAGACGUCAAGAUAAUAAACAUCAAAAUGGACCUAUUAUGAGAAUACCUAUAUCACAACAACAUCGAUCAAAACAAUCGUCAACACCGUCAACAGGAACUAAUACUCCACCAGUUACUCGAACACGUGUAUAA